AUGAGUAAUCUUGAACAUACAGACUCAGGUCUGGAUAAGAGGACUGGUCUGUUUGAUGCGAACAAAGAUCAAUUAGACAACCGAGUUCCAUACAUCGACCCCAACUCCACCGUUGCCAAAUCUACUACCAAAUCUAUUGGUAUCAGAAAGGCUGAAGCCCUUGCGGACCAGUACACACAUCCUGUUUUGAGAAUCAUUCUCUUUGUCAGUAUCUUUUGUGCUUCGUACUGUUACUCGUUGGAUGGUACUCUCAGAUAUACUUUUCAAGGUUAUGCCACUGCCUCAUACCUGAGCCACUCAUUAUUGGCUACUGUCAACGUUAUUAGAGCCGUUGUUGCCGCUGCUGCCCAGCCCACAUAUGCUCGUUUAUCUGAUGUGUUUGGAAGACUCGAACUCUUGGUGAUUUCCAUUUUGUUUUAUGCCAUGGGAACUGUCAUUGAGUCACAAGCAUUUGACAUCAACCGGUUUGCUGGAGGUGCUGUGCUUUAUCAGAUCGGAUACUCUGGUGUCAUCGUUAUGUUUCAGAUUAUCUUGGCCGAUUUCUCCAAUAUGAACUGGAGAAUGGCUGCUUCGUUUAUUCCAGGUCUUCCUUUCAUUAUCAAUACUUGGGUAUCCGGCAAUGUUUCGUCGGAAUUGCUUGCCGCUCAUAGCUGGAGCUACAGUAUUGGAAUCUGGGCGUUUAUCUUCCCGCUUUCUUGUGUGCCAAUUCUUUGCUGCUUCGUCCAUAUGUAUUUGAGGGCACGCAAGACACCAGAAUGGGCUCUUCUCAAAGAAGAAGAAAGAGAAAUUAGAAGACAGUUCCAAGGCUCUUGGUUCAAGCGUAUGUGGAGCCACCUUGUGUUCUUGUUCUGGCACUUGGAUGUGAUCGGUAUUCUCUUCAUAAUUUGCAUCUUUGGUUUCAUCUUAGUUCCUUUCACCAUCGCUGGAGGUGUUUCUGAGACUUGGAAAGAGGGAAAAAUCAUUGCUCCAUUGGUCAUUGGAUUUGUUCUCAUUCCAUUCUUCCUUCUCUGGCAAGGUAAGUUUGCUAAGCACCCAGUAUUACCUUUGAAAUUGGUGAAAGAUAGAGGAGUAUGGUCGUCGCUCAUCGUUGGAAUAUUCAUCAACUUUGUAUGGUACAUGCCCAAUGAUUUCAUGUACACUGUGUUGGUGGUUGGAAUGCGUGCUAGUGUCAAAGCUGCUACCAGAAUCACAUCGUUGUAUUCUUUUGUGUCGGUGAUCACUGGUACUAUUGUUGGAUUGGUGGUGGUCUUCUUCAGAAGAGUAAAGCCAUUUAUUAUCUUUGGAGUCUGUAUGUGGUUCAUCGCCAUGGGUCUUCUCUUGCACUACAGGGGUGACAACGACGGUAUCCAAUCAGAAAAAUACUUGAAUGGUGUCAUUGGAAGUUUGUGUUUGAUGGGUUUUGGUGCUGGAUUCUUCACCUAUGCCACCCAAGUGUCUAUUGCAGCCUGUACCAAUCACGAGUACAUGGCCAUUGUGAUCUCCAUUUACUUGGCAAGUUACAAUAUUGGAUCUGCAUUUGGAAGUAGUGUUUCUGGUGCCAUGUGGAGUAACCUUAUGCUCAAGCAAAUCAAAAAGAAUUUUAGAGCUCAUGGACUCUCUGAAACGGUUGCAGAGCUUGCUUAUAAUACGCCAUAUGGUUCUGUUGGUUUCCCUGGUUUCAUUGAGCAAUAUGUCUGGGGAACUCCAGAAAGAGUCCAGGUUGUGUUGGCAUAUGCCCACGUACAAAGACUCUUGUGUAUUGUUGGCUUGUGCUUAGUUGUGCCUUUGUUCUUCGCCACUUUGUGCUUGAGAGAUCAUAGGCUUGAAUCUGUUCAAUCUUUGGAGCUUGAGCAUGGGGAUGAAGGUGUUAAGGACAAGGAGGGUGAGGUUAUCCUCAAUGAUUACGAUGAAGAUAUUAUCAUCAAGAAGUUGAGGGGCUUGUUCUCGAGAAAGAAGUAA